UCUUUAUGUAAGGAGGUGGAUCACUCUUUUUGCGUGUUAGGCUAGUGUGAGGAACACUGAGCAAGGCAGUCAGUCAAGACCUGUCACCAUGCAGUCAAGACCUGUCACCAUGCAGAAAGUUGCUGUGUUGAUCCUUGUUGCUUGUUGUGCUCUCACAGCACGGUCAUUGGCAGAAGACACAAUUAAAUCCAAACCGUCUUCUUCUAUGAGUUCUGCAGAAGCGUUUCAAGUUUCAACCUCUACUGCUGGACUCAAUACUACAACGGCAACAACUAAACCCACGACUAAACCCACGACUAAACCCACAACUGCACCCACGACUAAACCCACGACUAAACCCACAACUGCACCCACGACUAAACCCACAACUAAACCCACGACUAAACCCACGACUAAACCCACAACUGCACCCACGACUAAACCCACAACUGCACCCACGACUAAACCCACAACUAAACCCACGACUAAACCCACGACUAAACCCACAACUGCACCCACGACUAAACCCACGACUAAACCCACGACUAAACCCACAACUAAACCCACGACUAAACCCACGACUAAACCCACGACUAAACCCACGACUAAACCCACGACUCCUAAACCCACAACAGCACCUACACCUACUCCACCUACCAAUUUGACUGUAGGAAACUAUAAUCUGACGAACGGCAAAGAAAUUUGCCUGAAGGCUCAGAUGGCAUUACAGAUCAGACUGGAAACACAGAAGGCCAAUGGAACCUUCAUUGUCCAACCAUCUAAAACUAAAACUUUUGGUGGAUGCAUGGAAAUCAAAGCUAACCUGACCAUUUCCUUCGAACAGGGCUUCAUUACCUUCCUCUUCAACAAGAAUGUUGCUAAUAAUACCGUCUAUGUUGAUAGUGUUUCAUUCAAUCUUAACUACCCCUUCACAAAGACAGGAACUCAAAGGUACAUUGCCAACAAUGCGUCGCUGCAUCUGUUUGCUGCAAAGAUUGGACACUCCUACUCCUGCAGGGAAGAGUCUAUCUACAUGGGAUCUGGACUGUACCUAGAUGUCAAUAAGGACAGAAUGCAAGCCUUCAAUAUUACUAACAAAGACUUUGGCUAUCCUGACCCUUGUCCAGCGGACCAGCCUGAUUACCGCAUUGCCAUUGCGGUGGGAGUGACUCUUCUGGUGCUCAUUAUUAUCGUGCUGAUAGUGUACCUGCUGGGCCGCAGAAGAAGGGCAGCUGGCUAUCAGUCGCUCUAAAGGAGGGACCGGCUAUAGGUCUAAAAGAAGUGACCUUCUGUAACAGGGAGUUCUGGUAAAAAGGCUCUUCCACUCAGGCACCUGCUGCCACCUUUUACAUACCCCAUCUGUUACAUUUUUUUGGAUUUAUUGCUGUUAAUAAUGUUUGAAUCAGAGAUACACAUUGUAACUUUAAACACAGAGAAAAAAAUACUUGCACAGUACAUUAGCAAAAUACAUUUAUACAUAAAACUACACAUUACACAAGUUUCACCCCAAACUUCAUCAAAAUGAAAAUACACACAUCACUGGCAAACUAAAUUCUCUGUAAACUGACAUUAUCAUGAAAACUGAUUAGGAUGUCUUGGUAAAAUCUUUCAUUAUUGAUUUGUUAUGUAAAAAAAGACAGGGUAAUAAAGAAAUGGUAACAUUAACACCUUUCUUUUAGUGUCCCUAGCACUAUACUUUCACUAUUUAGUGAGACAAUUAGGCCUCAGAUUUUAACCUGUGUUCUUUGAAAUUUACAAUCAGGUUCCAUCUGAAAAUUCUUGAUAGAUUUAACUGUCUUUGUAAAUCUGUUGUUUUUUUUUAAGUAACAUCCUGUUUGUAAUCAUCUCUUAAACAUGAGAUUAGUGGCUUAUUUUAUAUGAGUGAAACAAUAAUCAACACAAAGGAAAAACUGAAAGGGAUUAUUUUGGUAAUAAUUGCAAUGAUUGCUGUUCAGCUGUCUUUCUUAGACUAGAUUUUAUUCUGUCCUUUCAUUAAAUAUUAAAAAGAACAUACACUGCUUUUUGGAAAUCAUAAAUUAUAAAGUGAAAAAAUAUGAAGUUUUGAGGAUGACUUGAAGUUAGUGAUUGAGACCACACUUAGACGAUAUUACAUGUUGUAACAAAAUCCUUUACCAAAUUCCUGGUAACAGCAACCAGUGUUACCCCCACGACCAACACAGGCGCAAGAAGUCUGGGACAGUUUGGAUUUUAUUUAAACAAACACUAUCAAGCAGUCAGUCAAGUCAUCCAGUUACAAGAAAUAUGAUUUUGUACAAUUUCAGUUCUAGUAGCAUCCUUGUUGUAUUUUCUAAGUGUGGUUUACUGGUUUAACAGUGCAAAUAUUAAGAUUUUGUAAACUUAAUUUAACUGAUUGGACUUUCACCUGUUCAAAAGAGAAAAUGCAGCUUUUGCAGUGUUUCUUUAGAGCAAAUGUUUCAUUGGCAUAUGAUUUUCUUAAGUUGUGUGUUUGCCCCAGAAUGGCAAUUUAACAUAUAUUAGCUUUAGUUUAUUGUUUUUUGUUCUUGUUUUUUUUUUUCUUGGUAGGCUGUCCCUUUUUCUAGCCACAGAUACAUUUAAGUUGUGCUCUAGAGAUGAAACUUUUUAAUGCAGAAACAUAGUAAAUUAAUGACCACAACAGGACAGAUUACUCUGUAGAAAAUCCUAGGGAUUGAUGUGGCAUAUUAUCUUCAUCAGUUGAUGUAUCAGUAGGCUUUCUACUUGUAUAAGAUUAAAUGAAAAAGAUUCUAAGUGCAUUAGUAAAAACCUACCAAGAGAGUCUAAAGGGAAUUUCUUGUAAGGGAUCAUUCCAGUUGUCAUUAAAAAAGGGAAAAAUAAACAAAAGAAAAACUGAAUGAAGAGCAUUCAUAAUAUCCAGUCUAACUUUUUCUGCCUUUAUCCAAAUGAAUGGGUUACUCUGGUGAGAUUCAGCAAAGUUUCUUGUGUAGGGAGGAGCGGUCUCCUAAAAUAUGUUUGAUGAAACUAAACCAUGCUGUAUGGUCAGAUUUGCUGAGAGAAUUUGAAUUGUUUUAAAUGAAACAUAAAUCUUGCAUGCUGUAUUGUAAAAGUCUUGAUAUUGCACUGUUAAUACAUUGAAAGUCCUGACGUUGUUGCACUGUGGUGGAUUUACACUAAUGUAAAAUACAGCAGUAGGCAAAAAAGGGACAUUUUUGUUUUGAUCAUUUAUUUGCUGCAUAUGAACUGUUUUGCCAAUUGCUUUCUUCAUUUGCCAAUAAAACUAUAUUUCUAA